CUUCCCUAGCCUAUUGUUCCCUCUCUCUCAUACGCUGGCUGUUUCACUGAGAGAUCUCACUGCAUUCCGCACACCUGUUAGCUGUAACCACCUGACCAAGCACCAGAAAAAGAACAGGAACUAGAGACGGGAUAUGGAUCUUUACACAAUCAUCAGUGCUGUUUUGCUUCUGCAACUGCAAGGUUUUCAUGUGGCCUUGCUCCAGGCACCAACAGACUCUCCAGGACAAACGAUUGAUCAAAGUUGGCUUCGUCAAUUGGUCAAAUCCAAGCUAAACAAGACAACAUCACAAGCUCAGUCCAAUGACAUUGUUGAUAUGACCCUGGAGGGCACUGAGUCAACAGAUUACUCUGAAUGGGUUAUCGCAAAUGGCUCUGUGUCAUUUAGUGGGGAACAGGACAACAUCCAGGACACAAAUGAGACUUCAGGUGGUGUGACAAUUGGCACCACAAUGCCACCAGGGUUGCCAAAUGCUACAGCAGAGGAACCCCCAGAAACCACUGUUGCACCAGAACCCCCAGUGAGUGUUGCCUUAAACUCAAGCCAAGUUUCCAAUGCAACCGGAGAGGACAGUGGAUUCCAAACUACCACCACUACUGCAAUCACAGAAAACUCAAAUGGCUCUAAUUCCAUGUCCAAUUACACUGAAUUAAAUGAGACAACCACAGCUCCAGACACCAAUAGCACAGAGCAGAUUGGUCCAGAUCCUGGUGCUGAGAACAGGGUAACCAACAGUACAGAGGACUUCCAUAAUGUAACAACUGCAGUACCAGAGCCAUCCAGUGAACCAUCCACAGCUUCCCCCUCCACAAAGCUUCCCUUGGACUCCCCUGGGACUACAACUGCCAAAAUCAUCCCAGAAACUACAACAACCACAGGUCCCAGCACAAUAACAGCCAUGAUGGAAACUGGUGCCGCUUCAGGAAGCAACUCUGCGAGAGGCUUGGCCUCAGAUGCAGUGCAGAACAAGAAGAGGAAUGAGGCAUGGGCUGCCAUCCUGGGCAUAGGAGUGGCAGUGUGCUUCGUGGCGAUGGUGGUCUACGUCAUCCUGAGAAGGAGAGACCGACGGGAUUUCACACACAGGAAGCUUGUUGAGGAAAUCCCCUCAGACCCAGUUCUACGACUGAACAACCCUGAGCCUGUGGACUUGAAAUAUGAUGGUUCCGCCUACUACAAUCGUGGACUCCAAAUGGAAAAUAUCCCAAUGGACCACUUUCCACAAGGACAUCAAAAUUGAGAAGGACUCCAAGACUAACCUUAAACACUUUAAAGGAGACUUUCAUAUACAAAAUACUUAUUGAGACCCGACAUACGCAUUAACGUGCAUAAGUCUCUAUAGCAGAAUGUCAAGUCAUGGAUUUACUGCACCCUAAUGCAUUGGUUAUGUGGGUUUGUAUAUUUUUCUAAAUUCCAGGAAACUUUGAGAUUUUGGAAAUGUGUUAGGAAUUUAUUAUUAUUUUGGAACAUUUGAAUAAUAUGUUUAUAUGUUUUUAUUUCUAAAAUGACAUUGGUUUGGAAGGAAAGUUUUUACAUUUGCUGGGAAUAUUCCCAUUCUUUGUUACGCCUAGGACGAAUACUACCUUUACAUAACUUAGACUUCCACAUAAUUAUCGCAUUCAAUGGGAGAAAACGUCAUGCAUGGAUCUGAAUGUAGGAUUCUAGACACUUCAGCACAGUCUAUUAUAGAAGUACUAAAAGCCCAAAAUUAAGUCUUAAUUGUCUGCUAUAUUUCCAAGAUGGUUCGACAAAGGUAAAACAUUUCUUAGACAUGAAUACCUACACUCAAAUAAGGUUAUUUUUGUACCUUACUCUAAAUGACAAUUUAACCAGAGGUCAUUUCAAUAUAAACAUAAAUGUUUGAUUUUUAUUGAACCUUUAUUUAACUAGGCAAGUCAGUUAAGAUAUAUACUUCAAGAAUCAUGUCCAUAAUUAUUGAGAAAGAAAGAGAUUUAGUUUAAAAAGUAAUACAAAUACAUCUAAGAAAGAUAGCAGGGCGGCAGGUAGCCUAGCGGUUAAGAGUGUUGGACCAAUAACUGAGGUCGUUGGUUUGAAUCUCCAUGCUGACUAGGUAAAAAAAUGUGUUGAUCUGCCCUUGAGCAAGGCCCUUAUAGCUCCUAUAAGUCACUCUGGAUAAAGUGUCUACUAAAUGACUAAAAUAUAGAUGGGGUUCAAAAUGAUUGGCACCCCUGUUUUCAAAACUCUAGCACCCUCCCCCUAUGAGUAUAAUGACACCCUUUUUCCCAGUGGUGUAAAGUACUUAAGUAAAAAAAUACUUGAAGUACUACUUAAGUAAUUUUGGGGGGUAUCUGUACUUUACUAUUUAUAUUUUUUGAAUACUUUUACUUUUACUUCACUAUAUUCCUAAAUAAAACAAUGUACUUUUUACUCCAUACAUUUUCCCUGACACCCAAAAGUACUCGUUACAUUUUGAAUGCUUAGCAGUACAGGAAAAUGCUCCGAUACACGCACUUAUCAAGAGGACAUCCCUGGUCAUACUGUCUGUGAUCUGACAUACUCACUAAACACAAAUUCUUGGUUUGUAAAUUAUGUUUGGAGUGUGCCCCUGGCUAUCCUUAAAUAAAAUACUAAAUUAAAUUAGCUUAAUAUAAGGAAUUUGAAAUGAUUUAUACUUUUACUUUUUAACAAUUACAUUUAGUUUUGAUACUUAAGUAUAUUUAAAACCAAAUACUUUUAGACUUUUACUGGGUGACUCACUAAUACUUGAGUCAUUUUCUGUGAAGGUAUCUAUAGUUUUACUGAAGUACGACAAUUGGGUACUUUUUCCACCACUGCUUUUUCUAAAAUGUUUAAUGAGAUUGGAGAACACAUUGGGACGGAUUCAGGGCCGGCCCUCUCAUUAGGAGGCCACCUAUGGUGGAAGACACACCUCCAACAAGACAUAAAACCUCAUAGAUACUGAACAAAAUGGGUGGGCCCACCCACUUGGACCCACUUGGGAGCCAGGCCCCCAGCCAAACAGAAUAUGUUUUUCCCCACAAAAUAUCUUAAUUAUAGACGGAAAUACUCCUCAGUUUCAUCAAUUGUCCAAUUGUCCGGGUGGCUGGCCUCAGAUGAUCCCGCAGGUGAAGAAGCCAGAUGUGGAGGUCCUGGGCUGGCGUGGUAACACGUGGUCUGCGGUUGUGAGCCAAGUUGUGCGUACUGCCAAAUUCUCUAAAAUGACGUUGGAGGUGGCUUAUCGUAGAGAAAUUAACAUUCAAUUCUCUGGCAACAGCUCUGCUGGACAUUCCUGUAUUCCUGCAUGCAAAUUGCACGCUCCAUCAAAAUUUUAGACAUCUGUGGCAUUGUGUUGUGUGACAAAACUUCACAUUUUAGAGUGGCUUUUUAUUGUCCCUAGCACAAGGUGCGCCUGUGUAAUGAUCAUGCUGUGUAAUCAACUUCUUGAUAUGCCACAUCUGUCAGGUGGACGGACUACUUUGGCAAAUGAGAUAUGCUCACUACAGAGAUGUAAACUAAUUUGUGCACAACAUUUGAGAGAAAUAAGCUUUGUAUGGAAAUUUCUGGGAUAUUUUAUUUCAGCUCAUGAAACAUGGGACCAGCACUUCAUAUGUUGUGUUUAUAUUUUCGUAAAAUUCUGCACAAAAACAAUGACAAUUUGUGAAAGUGAAAGUAAAACAAAAUACAACCAAAUGUCUCUCUAUCUCUCUCUCUCUCUUGCUUCUCCUUAAUUUUGGAAGAAAUGAAUUUGUUCAAAACUG